ACGUCAGUGAGGGUCAGCGGCGGCGUGAUUCACGUUUGAGAAACUAACUGUACGCAACCAGACGUUCAACUAUCAGGCACUUAUUUAAAGCAAAAUGUACAUACUGCAAACUUAAGACAUCGAGACGAGCAUUUAGUGUUGAAAUAUUCUGAAGUGGAUUAAGUACAUAUAGAGACACCACCACGCUUAACGCGCGAAACCAGAUGUGUGUGUUUCUGAAAUGAUCUAACGUUACUAGACUGUCAGAUCAGAUGGAGACGAAGAAAAAGAGCAGUAAACCUCCAAAUAAGACUUCACAGUCUGAAGGAGAUCAGGAGGAUCAAUCCUGUCCUGAUACUUCCUGUGAAAAAAAUGAAGAUCAGGAGCCUUCCUCACCAAAACAGGGAGAUUUCAGUGAUCCGGUGUAUAAAGAGAUUGCAUUGGCAAAUGGUGCCAUCAACCGAAUGAACAGAGACGAGCUGCGUGCGAAAUGCACAGAGCUGAAGCUUGACACACGUGGUGUUAAUGAUGUCCUAAGGAAGCGCCUCAAAAGCUACUACAAAAAGCAGAAGUUGAUGCAUUCAACUGCUGCGGAAGGGAACAGUGACAUGUACUUUGACUAUAUCUGUGUGGUGGAUUUUGAAGCAACAUGCGAAGAGAAUAACCCACCAGACUACCACCAUGAAAUCAUUGAAUUCCCCAUGGUGUUGAUCGACACGCACACACUGGAGAUUGUAGACUCGUUUCAGGAGUAUGUGAAGCCAGUGGUGCACCCACAGCUCUCUGAGUUUUGUGUGAAACUUACCGGAAUCACGCAGGAAAUGGUGGAUGAGGCAAAAACAUUCCAUCAAGUUUUAAAGCGAGCAGUUUCUUGGCUUCAGGAAAAAGAACUGGGCACAAAAUACAAAUAUAUGUUUCUGACAGAUGGAUCGUGGGACAUGGGGAAAUUUCUUCAUACACAGUGCAAACUGAGUCGCAUCAGAUACCCACAGUUUGCCAGAAAAUGGAUCAAUAUCAGAAAGUCUUAUGGGAAUUUUUAUAAGGUUCCCCGUACUCAGACGAAGCUGAUCUGCAUGCUGGAGAAUCUGGGUAUGGAGUACGAUGGACGUCCACACUGUGGUCUAGAUGACUCACGCAACAUUGCCAGAAUCGCCAUACACAUGCUGAAGGACGGCUGUCAGCUGAGGGUGAAUGAGUGCUUGCAUUCAGGAGAACCACGGAGCGUGCCUAUUUCUGCCCCUAUUGAAGGAGCACCAGCACCUCAGCCCCCCAAAAAACGAGACUAGAAAGACUCUUUGCCAAAAAAAAACAACAAAUAUGAAAACCUGCCUUGUUGUGGAAAAAAUAUCUAGAUUAAAAAAUAUUGAAAUAUUUGUAAAUCAUAGCAGAUGAUGAAGCUUUACUAUUACAGCAAAUUGUUUUCAUGUACUGUAUUUGGAACUUGCUUCUAAGAAACAAAAACAGACACUGCAGGAAAAGUGUUUUUUUCUCAUGCCUGAUGGGUGAUAGAUGGCUAGUAAUUGUUGUAUUUUUUUAAAAUCCCUAUUGCACAUAAAGUUUGCAGCCCUGUUCUGUGUAUUAUUUUGCCAAUAAACUUU